CUGGUGUCCAUUAAUUAGGUUGUUGAUGCCGUAUAAGCAGAAUGUAAUUGGCUUGCUCUCGUAUGGAUGUUUGUCUUUAUGUAUUUAUGACAGUUAAUCUGGCUUAGUGAAGCUGGGUCAGUGGCACAUGCGUGUAGUUCGACCGAGGCCCAUCGCUGGAGCACACGUGUGUUCUACCAAAUCGCUUCACUUUUUGGCACGCCUGGUUUAUGGAAAUAUAUUAAAUGGGAUUUCCAGCUUCACUGUGCAGCAUAUUUGGAAAGGAUGAUGCCACAUCUGACCUCACCCAUACGUGUACCACGACCCACCUAUUCCCAGGCCAGGGAGAAUAUUGUGAGGGCGAUCCCAGCCAAAAUCCUCUGCCUGCUGGCGUGUGGAGGUGUCGACUGCCGCUAUGAAGGUCCUGAGUGUUGGAGAGCAAACCAGCAAGCCAUUCGGGGCCUUUUCUCCUCCUGGGUGACGGAUGACAUUGUUGCCAUGACGCGACCGUCCAAUCAUCUCAUUAAGAAAUACAAAAUCAUUGAACAGUUCAAAAGUUUGAACAUCAGAUCUAUUAUCAACAUGCAGCUCCCAGGGGAGCACGCUCAUUGUGGUCCUCCUCUGGACCCUCAAAGUGGCUUCACGUAUUCUCCACAGAUCUUCAUGGACAAUGACGUUUACUUUUACAACUUUGGGAUGCCAGAUUUCGGUGUGUCCUCCCUUGUUGGAAUAAUUGAUGGGGUGAAGGUUUUGACCUUUGCAGUGAGAGAAGGAAGAGUGGCUGUGCACUGCCACGCAGGACUGGGCAGGACAGGUGUCCUGAUCGCCUGUUACCUCAUCUACACCCUGCGCAUCAGUCCGAGCGAGGCCGUCCACUACGUGCGAAUUAAACGUCCUCGCUCUAUCCAGACGCGGGUACAGAUCAGCCAGGUGUUUGACUUUGCUCGCCUGCUUGGGACACAGCUGACCCAGUACCCAGACCUCAGCUUGCGCCACGGAGCCCCUUUUACCCUGCAGCAUUACUUAAACCGACAGGCGCUGUUGCUGCACGGUCAGGAAGCGCGCAUCCUCAGACAUACACCCAAGGUGGUGUACCUUCUUUGUGUGCGCCUCUCCUGCUUAGCCCUGGGUCUCCCUGCUCCUCCGGAGGUAGAUGCGGAGCUGGAGAAGCGGUCAGGCUUGAGGAUCCUGGGAAGAACUGUGAGGGAGACCCUGGUAUCCAAGCAGUACUUGCCGUUGCUGAGAGAGAGCCAUAGAGUGUCCCGGGAGGCCUCGGGAUCAGUGUCCUCCUGGGAUGAGCCGAUUAGAUAUUUGGAGAGGAAAACUGAAGUAUUGCUGAACAAGCGCUGCUACAGCGACUCCGACCUGAGCAGGAUUACAGUAAAUGAGGAUCUGGAGCUGAGCCCGUGUUUUACCACACCACUUGGCAACGACAGAAACUGGUACGUGCAGGAUCUGAUCAGACCUGAUUUGAGACCAGUUACUCCAGUCCUUCCCAUGCAUUUGCCUGGCUGCAAGACCAAUAAACAGCAUUCCCGCACACCAAAUGUUCCAAUGUCAAGCAUGAGAACAGCCAAAAACUGUCCUAAGAAUUCUAAAUGCACAGCAAAAAAGACGCUCACACUUCGCAAAUACAACUCCAACGUUGAGCUGUGCAAAAAUGUACAUAAUUCCGGCCCUACUUCAGCAGCACGGGCUGUUGCUAAGGCAAUGGCAGACCAGGGCAUUCCAGGAGAAGGCAUUCUGCAGAGGUCAGCUCUACUGCAGGAAGAACUGAACAGCAGCGACUGUGGUUGGGCUUUGCUGGUUACUGAGUCAGAUCCUCAUGUCCUCAGUUGUCUCUUGUGGACUUGGCUGGAGAAGCUAAAGGAUCCUAUUCUGAGUGCCGAAGAUAUAGAAAGGUUGGGUUGUGCAGCAAAGCACAGGAAGCCUCUCAGUGUGCUGAAGAAGCCGCAGAGUCUCACCAUCUACUGUUUGCUGAGCUGUGUGAGCAGCGUCACCAGCUUGUGUCCACACAGACAGGACGCUGUGAUACUACGGUUGAUGCGGGCGCUUACGCGGCGCCCCCAGGAGGAAAAUGGAAGGCUCGCAACUUUGCUGAAAGUACUGAAAGCCAGUAUGAGAGAAACCUUCUAUGACUACAGAUACAUGAUGAAAGCCUGCAGCAGCAACACUACACUGUGAACAAACAAACAAACAAACAAAAAAAGCUGUAAUAUCACCAGUGUGUCAUUUUUUAUGCUUGAUGGACAAAAGUAACUUAUGUGGUCUGGGGUAACCAGUCAGAUUUU